GUUGGUUAUCCCACAGCGAUACCUGGUCUGUCAGUAACCGGAUCUUCUCUAUGGUGAGAGCGGAACAGGAACAGGAAUUGACAGUAAGCGAAACGUGACAGGAGGGCAGCGUGACUUUUAGUACCCAAGCUAAGAACCUGCAUUUGCAAGAGAUGGCUUCUUAUACAUGCAUAUCGUGUAGGGUUGCUUUUGCAGACCCUGAUAUUCAGAGGGCCCAUUACAAAACUGACUGGCACAGAUACAACCUGAAAAGAAAAGUUGCUGACAUGCCUCCAGUCACUGCCGAGAAUUUCCAGGAGAGGGUGCUGGCACAGAGAGCUGUGGUAGAGGAACAAAGUAAAGAGACAGCUACUUACUGCACAGCUUGCAGCAAGAGAUUUGCUUCAUUUAAUGCUUAUGAAAAUCACCUGAAGUCCAAGAAACACUUGGAUUUGGAGAAGAAGGCUACUGACGCAAUUACAAAAAAAGUUGAGAUAAUGAAUGAAAAGAACCUAGAAAAGGGUCUUCGUCCAGAGAGUGUAGAUAGAGAUGCAAUGAACACAGCUAUUCAGCAAGCUAUUAAAGCACAGCCCUCUGUGUCUCCAAGAAAGCAGCCAGAUACUGCAUCUGGGAAAGUAAAUGAACAUGCUAAGACCCGGCCAGAAAAAACACCCAGGCAACAGUGGUAUGAAGAACAAGCCAAGAGACUGACAUUAGAGGAUACUGAACAUGAUUUAGUGGAGGAGAAUGAGGAGGAAGAAGCCUGGGAGGACAUGGAUUCAGCAGAAGAGGAUGAAGUGGAUAGUGAUGAGGAAAUAGAGCACAUGGAUGGAGCAGAGGGAGAGGCCAUCACUGCAAAUGAGAGUGAAUUGCCUGUAGGAACAAUUCCUGUCACAGAUUGCUUAUUCUGCUCACACCAUUCCCGCUCGCUGGUGAAAAAUGUAGCACACAUGACCAAAGUCCAUAGCUUCUUUAUUCCUGAUAUAGAAUAUCUCCAGGAUCUUCAUGGUCUUAUUAGGUACUUGGGUGAGAAGGUUGGUGUGGGGAAGAUUUGCCUCUGGUGUAACGAGAAGGGGAAGUCGUUUUACAGCACAGAAUCUGUUCAAGCUCACAUGAAUGACAAGAGCCACUGUAAACUCUUCACUGAUGGAGACGCAGCCCUUGAAUUUGCUGAUUUCUAUGAUUUUAGGUCCAGCUAUCCUGACCAUAAAGAAGGGGAAGAUAUAGAGAUGACUGAAAGAGAAGAAUCUGAUAAAAAUCUAGAAUAUGAUGAAGACACUAUGGAGUUGAUUCUGCCCUCAGGUUCUCGAAUAGGGCAUCGUUCACUGAUGAGAUAUUACAAGCAGAAAUUUGGAAUAACCAGGGAAGUGGUGGUUUAUAAAAACCAAAAAGCUGUGGGGCGUUUAUUGCAACAAUACAAGGCUCUAGGAUGGACAGGUGGAACUGGUUCUGUUGUUCAGCGUGAGCGUGAUAUGCAGUAUGUGCAAAGGAUGAAGUCCAAAUGGAUGCUGAAAACUGGAAUCAGUAAUAAUGCAACAAAGCAGAUGCACUACAGGCCACAAGUCAGAUUUUGAUGUUGCGAUGAUCCUGAGAAUGAUUAUGUGGUUGAACUGAUACACACUUUCAUGUGCUUUAAAACAUGACAGCUGCUACAACUUCAUGACUUGGCCUAAUGGCUUUUAUUGCUGAUAUGGUUGGACUGAAUAAAAGAUUAUCAAUCAGAAGUAUUUUUCAGCCCAGCCAUUAGACCCAGUAGUUGCUAUAAGGAUGCAGUGAAAAUCGGGAUGUUAAAGGUGAAUACGAUAUAAUGAUAGUGUAGGAAUCAGUUGUAACAUUUCACCAUCAGUGUCGUUUAUUACAAAGAUAUUUUUAAAUAGUUAAAUUGUUUGAGAUUCUAAAAUAAACAGAACAUGGAGUAAGAUACUUUAAUGCAUUCAAUAACAUAUAAUGGCUAAACCUAUCAUAUUAGAGGUAGAAAUAUCAUUACAUUAUUUAGCCUUUUAUUAGACAUUCUACAGAAUAUCUAGCCCUGCACAGCGGAAGAUGGUUUGACAUUUGUAUAUGAUGAGAGCUGGGAAUAUUAACAUCAAUCGUACUUAAAUUUCAAGCUGAUAAAAAAUUUAAUUUUGAAACAUUAACAAAGGUAUAUUGUAAUUCUCUAUUUUUCUUUGUUUCUGAAUAUUUUGAAAGGUAUUAAACCCUAUUUUCAGUCAUUUACACCAAGAAAGUAAUUUUCUUUUGUUUUAAAUGUCCUUCUGUGAAAAAGUUGAUAAGACCAAACUUCAGGCACUUCCCACAGAGUACUAUUCGCCAAGGGAAUGUCACAUAUGCACGGUCUUUACCUGAAAACACAGACAUCCCUUGAUACAGGUAACAGUUGAUUACGUGUACCCUAUUCAAUUAUUACUAUUAAUGGGAAGCAGUCUUAUCCAAUUACCUUUGUUUUUGUAAUAAAAUGUUGUGAGAGUUUUAA